AUGGGGCCUGGCAGCCCCCAGGUGGUGCUGACCCUGGUCCUGUGCGAGAACAUGGUGCUUAGGACACCUGCCCUCCCCGCUGUGGACACGCCCCGCAGGUGUGCUGAUGGGCAGGUCGUGGGCCACCCUCCCUUCAACCAGGGUCUCUCAAGGAUGGGCCGGGCCUUGCUCAGCCCGCCUCCCCUGGGCCCUUCCUCCUGGGACUCCGGGGUCCCUGCUCACCUGUGGCUGCACGUGCUGAGGAAUAAGAGCCCCGGGAGCAGCGUCGGCUCCUGCCUGAUGGGAGCUGUGUCAAACAGAACUCUGCCUCUAAAAAAUGUCAGAAAGAGAAGGUUCCGUAAGACAGCAAAGAAGAAGUCUGUUGAGUCACCAGGUGUGGAAAAAGAAGUAAAGCGGUUGCUGAGCACGGAUGCUGAAGCUGUCAGUACCUGUUGGGAGAUAAUUGCUGAAAAUGAAACAAAAGAAACAGAAAAUCAAGGCCUUGAUAUGUCUUCCCCAGGAAUGUCUGGCCACAGGCAGGGCCAUGACUCAUUAGAACAUGAUGAGCUUCGGGAGAUAUUCAAUGACCUCAGCAGCAGCAGUGAAGAUGAAGAUGAGACACAGCAUCAAGAUGAAGAAGAUAGAAACAUCAUUGACACUGAGGAAGAUCUGGAAAGGCAGCUACAGGACAAGCUAAAUGAAUCAGAUGAACAGCACCAAGAAAACGAGGGAAUCAAUCAGCUGGUUAUGGGAAUUCAGAAACAGACUGAUAACAUGAAAGGCACGCUCCAAGAGAUCCAGGACAGGGCAAAGCCACAGGAGGAUCUCAUCAUGAAAGUGGAAAACCUGGCUCUUAAGAACAGAUUUCAGGCUGUGCUGGAUGAACUGAAACAAAAGGAGGACCGAGAAAAGGAGCAGCUCAGCUCCUUGCAAGAAGAGCUGGAAUCACUCCUAGAGAAGUGA